AUGGGGUGGGCAGGGAUGGGAGCACCGGUCUGGUGGGGAGAGGGCUGUUCUUGAUAAAAACCAGUACGUAUGAUACAGUCCUAUUGGCAUAAGAUUAUAUAGGGUAAUUUGGCAGGAAGAAAAAGAAAAUGCUAAGAAAAAGAAAGUGCUAAGUCUGCCCUCUCUGCCCCAAAGCAAAGGUGAUGAAUGGCAGACACCUUGUAAAGUAUCACAGUAAAAGUAUGUCUGAGCAGUUGGGAGGGCCAGGCUCCAGAAGCCAGAUUGGGUGCAGGAAAAGUGUCUGGGCCUUGCUGGUAUUUUUCCUGUGGCAGGUGGGUGGGACUCAGCCAGCAGCUCCUGGAAUAAAUCAAGUAAACAAAUUUCUCUCCCGCUCCACUCCUGUGCGGAGCCGCUCACAGCUCCCCCAGGGCCCCUCCUGCUCCUCCUUUACACCUGAGCUCCCUGCAGACCCCCCCUGCCCUGGGCCUGCACUUCGCCUGAUCCCCUCCUGCACCUGCCCUCCUCCUGGCCCCUGCCCCUCCCCCACCUCUGCUGCACUUGGCUGCGCUGAGCAGGGAAGGACAGCUUCUUAGUCACUUCUGUUGGGACACAGGUGAAAAGUGAAAGGCCUCCCUGUGGACGGAGUGUCCAUCCUCAGCACUUGGAUUUCUACAGCCCCCAGGGCCAGAUCCCCAAAGACUUCCGGGUCCUAGACGCCAGCAGACACUGAAAGAUGGCCUCCAUGGGGCUACAGGUGAUGGGCAUCGCGCUGGCCGUGCUGGGCUGGCUGGGUGCCAUACUGAGCUGCGCGCUGCCCAUGUGGCGGGUGACGGCGUUCAUCGGCAGCAACAUCGUCACGUCGCAGACCAUCUGGGAGGGCCUGUGGAUGAACUGCGUGGUGCAGAGCACCGGCCAGAUGCAGUGCAAGGUGUACGACUCUAUGCUGGCACUGCCACAGGACCUGCAGGCAGCACGGGCCCUCAUUGUCGUCUGCAUCAUCGUGGCCGUGGUGGGCGUGCUGCUGUCUGUUGUGGGUGGCAAGUGCACCAACUGCGUGGAGGAUGAGAGCACCAAAGCCAAGAUCAUGAUUGUGGCGGGCGUGGUGUUUCUCCUGGCUGGCCUGCUUGUGAUGGUACCUGUGUCGUGGACAGCCAACACCAUCAUCCGUGAUUUCUACAAUCCCCUGGUGGCUGCUGGGCAGAAGCGGGAGAUAGGGGCCUCACUCUACAUCGGCUGGGCGGCUGCGGGUCUGCUGAUGCUCGGCGGGGCCCUGCUCUGCUGCAACUGCCCACCUCGUGCCGACAAGCCCUACUCAGCCAAGUACUCUGCUGCCCGUUCUGCCCCUGCCAGCAACUACGUGUAAGGUGCUGCCACUCAACUCUCCCUGGACUGUUGACUGUUUCUCCCUGGACUGAGCUCAGCGCAGUCUAUGAACCUAGGUUGGCCCUGCCAUGGUCUGCAGGUUGCUGGGGGAUGGGCAAGCAGGGACUGAGACAGGCCAUUGGCCAGUAGCCCUCAGCUCCUUCCGGCCCUCUUGGACACCUUCCUAAGGCCUCCUCUACAAUAGCAAGGAUGGACUGAGAGAUUUCUGAGCCACCCUCCUCUGAAUGGCCUAUGGAUGCAGGGGAGGGGCAGGCAGCAACAGGGCACGGCAAUGGAGUGGGGGGCUGGCUCUUGCUGGCCAGGACAGCUCAGCCCUGACUGCUUGGACUCUGAGUGGGUGCCCUGCCCAUGCUUGUGUUGGCCACUGUGCCCUUCUUUGAUCUUCCCCACUCCCUCUGAGUGCAUCCAGUGGAAACCUGUGGCCAUGAAAA